CUAAUUUUGCUGGUUAACUACAUAUUAAAUAGAAUGCUUCUCGUUGUUAUUAAUCUAAAUAGCGAAAUUUUAAAAAAUAUUAUAAUUAUAACAAAGGAAGGACAGAAGUGAUUUAAAAACCUAUAACGAUUCGAAAAAUGUAGAUAAAAACAAGCUAUGAAAAUCUAUUAAAGUUUGUUUGGAAGCUGAAAAUUUCUUUAAACAAAACCAAAAUUUUCUAAAAAUAUCAACAGAUAUACACAAAAUUAUACUCCGGGUGAAGUCUCAAUGUUGAGUAAGAGCCAUAUUAAAAAACAAUGCUUAAAAACUGUAAGGAUUAUUCGUCAAAGUCGAGACUUUCGAAAACCGAUAGCGGCAGACGUUUGCUCACAUAGCGGUUUUGUCUUGGCAAAAUUUACAGAACCAAAAAACAUAGGAGAGGGAUCACGUCUACAUUUGAUUUGUACAAAAUGCAACGGGAUAUUUGGUAAUGAGAAUGAACUGAAGGAUCACUACAAAGCUCAACAUCAUUAUUCCAAAUCGUGGAAAGACAUAAUAUAUCGUUGUAAGAGAUGUAAAAAAUCCUUAAAGUCUUAUCGUUCCGUUAGAAGACAUUUUAGAGAAGCUCAUAGUGAUAAGGUUUACAAUUGUCAAAAGUGUUCCGCUAGCUUCAAGUACAAGCAUAACUUAAAAUAUCACUUGGCUAAACAUGACAAUCGCAAACCUUUCAAGUGCACCUACUGUGACAAAGCGUUCGUUUUACGUUACGAGUUAUUAAUACAUAUCAGAAUUCAUACUGGGGAGAAGCCAUACAAAUGUCAGGUUUGUAACCUAGCAUUUGCCCAUCGGUCAAACUUUGUCAGACAUUUUCGAUUACACGAUAUAUCGAAAAGCAGCAGAAAAACCUUGGAGUCUUUUAAAAAUGCUGCUAAUGCUCCAACGAACUUAAAUGUAGGCUGCGAUAAAGAUGCGCUUAAAAAUAAAACUUUCACGGAAGAUUUAGGUCAGAUUCCGAGCACUGAAAAUAAUUUCGUUAAUAAUACAAAUUCACCUGAAGCGAUUUCUUUAGAUAUUAAGCCCAUAAAUGUAUUGGAUGCGAACAAUCAUAAUGUUUCUGGAAGUGCGACUACAGUUAGGAAAGCAAAUGGGUCCGUUGCUAUUAAGAAAUAUGAACAGACGACUGGAGGGAGGUCGCUAUUGAAAAAGAAUUUCAGGCUCGACUUGAACUCUCACAAUUCCGCACAGAGUUCUCAUUCCCCCGUUAGAUUGAUUUCUAAAAUCUCCUGGCCCCUUGAAAAUCCAUCAAACUUUAUAAGAGCUGAAAAAUUAUGUGAUAUUGUGAAAUCUAAUAGCUCCGAAAAUUUCUCCAUAAAUAUAGAAUGUGUGAAAGCAUUAAAUUCAAAUGAAGAGUUUACAAAGACGACGGGAUAUGCAGAGGACAAAAUAUUAAUUAGAAAGGAUUUUAGCUGCCCUACAAGUUCGGAUCUGCCUCAAACGGUGUGCGCUACUUCCUGUGAUGCAUUUACUUAUGCCAAGUUAAGCAAAAAUUUUAACAGUGAAUCGCACAAUGCCAAUUUGGAAAUGCUUCAAAGUUCAUUACAAUCGUUGGUGCCCAAAAGAAAUGGCGAGGAUAAUAAACAGUUAAAUGUAGACGCUUUAUCAGUCGAUAACGUUCAAAACUCUCUAAAUCAAGUGAAACCUAAACAGUUAUUUACUAACGCGAUUGUACCAAGGUCAUCGAAAUUGUUGCCCCCAAACACUUGCAGCUCUAAACAUUUAACAAAUUCAGGAAAUUCAAUUCUUUUAAACAGAAAUAUCAUGGGCGAUAACGCAUUAGCGCAGCUUAUGCCCACUACAAUUCUAAAAACAGUGGAGUCGGCCCCGUUGCCUGAACCUGCCGCUGGUGGCCGCAAUUUACCAGUAAUUAGCCAUUUUCACUCACCAGUUAGUGUUGAAAAAGAAAAUGUAGUAAAGCAAAAUUUAAAACAUGCGUGUAAUGAAAGGCUACUAGCUGAGCAGUUUCGAGAUGAAAACAGUAAUUAUAAAUUUUCAAAUGAAUCUACGAAUUCUAAUGAACGUAUACAGCAAGAAACUUCUUGCAAAUCUGAAUCAUUUACAAACCAAACUGUCGAAACUUCCAUGCUCCCCGGUAAGCCUUUAGUGACUGACGUGAAAUUAUUACCUGCUGUUGACGUAAAUGAAUUUUGCUCGUUUAGAAAUGAAAUGAAAGUCUCCACAUUAAGAAUAUAUAAAUUUCAGUGUUCAAAAUGUUUGAAAUAUUUUGAGAAAAAAUCCGCGCUAAAUAGACAUUGGCGUACUCACACCGGGGAGAAGCCAUAUCAAUGCAAUUUAUGUCCAAAAUCUUUCGCUGAUCCUUCAAACUACAAGAAACACAAACUUCUGCAUAGAAAUGCAGCUAAAGCUCUUGAAAUUUCUAAACCGAUAGCAAAAAUAUCCACUGCUUCAUGCAUAUUUGAUGAUAUUGAUGCAGAUCGCUUGGAAGAUAAGCAAGGGGUGCAAUCGAUUAAUAACAUGAAUGAAGAUGACUCAUCGGUUGGUAGCAUGGAAACAUCGUUACUACAAAAUAUUUUGGAUAAUUUAAUAUAUAGAGAUGAUAUUCUCGAGAAUAUAAGAGAAAAUUUAAAUUUAUCUUUAAAUUCAAUCGAAACGAAAGUCAUAGUCAAAAAGCUUUAGUUUCAUAAAUUACUAUAAAUGAGUUAACACUGUAAAGUGAAUGUAAACUGGAAGAAGAAGAAUAUAGUUUAUAAAUGAAAAAAUAAUUU